AUGGUUCUAUAUAAGAGAAAACCCAUAGUUUUGCCGGACCCUAAACCGUUACCUUUAAAUAUUGACGUUGACGUUUGGCACAUUGACGAGACUGGUGAAUGGUUCCUAUCGUAUGACGAGUAUCUACAGAGAAUUGACUUCUAUACACGACAUUUUUUCACUUGUGAAAUAACGGGUACUUCAUGUUUGACUUUCUUUCAAGCUCUGGAUAGUGAAGAAAGUCAGUUCAGAUAUGUCGAAGAGAAAUUUCCAUUAAAGCUUAGAGAACCGGUGGCUAGAUUCCUACAUUUUAAUGAGAUAAGAAGGCUAGAUGCUCUUGUAGAAAAAGUCUAUGCUAAUUUCAAGAAUGACUUCUUUCCAGGUGAAACGGUCUACCUUAGGAAAUCGAAAGAUACAGCCUCUAAUACACCAUCACAACAAUCUACUCCUCAACCAGAUCUAGAGUCAAGCAACGGUCAAAUUGAUCAGCCACAAUACCAAAGGCAGUAUAUAAUAAAGGAAAAAGUUCAAUUUAAUGCCACUAUAGAUCCAAAUACCCAGGAAGUAAUAGCACCAGCUCGCGCUAAAUAUAUGCUGGUGGAAGGUGACCAUGGAAGUAAUAGUAAGUCUUUCAUAGCAGAUCAAUCCCAAAUUUAUCGUGAUCGUUCCACUUUCACAAAGCAUUUAAUCAAAUGUUUUUUCAAAAUUACGCUGCAGAGAGCAUCAACCAAAAUGGGUGCUCCAUGGUGUGUAAAACCUGAAUAUUUACAAAUGUAUGGUCUCACAAUGGACUGGCCUUCAGAUCUUUUGAAAUAUAAAGACGACGAACCACUUGCUAACCUUAUUUUGGAAAGUUUCGAAGAUAUGAAUUCUGAAAAUAAAGAAAGUAAGUUAAAGAAAGAUAAAGAGAAGAAGAACGCCAAUAAAAAGAAAAGAAAAGAAUUGGAUAAUAUUAUUAUGGUCAAUCAAACUGACUUGGUGAAAGAAUCUACCUCUGAACCUGUUGAUUUGCCAAAAAAGCGUAAGAUAGUUGAAGAGGAAUCGAUACCUGACACGACAAUGAAUUCUGUCACACCUCAAGCACAGCCUGUAAAUAGCACGAUGACUCCAACCGCUGUCAUCACUCAGACAUCAACUGCACCAGUAACUAGUAUAAUGGAUGAUUUAAAGCUUCCAUAUCAAUCUCCGCCAGAAAUAUAUUUGAGAAAUUUGUCCUACUAUAACGAAAAUCUGGAAUGUAUUGACAUAAUGGAUAGUGAGAAUAUCAUACAAAUGAAAAGUUUUGGCAAAUUAUUAGAAGUUUAUCAAUUUUUGAAUACUUUCAAUGACAAAUUAUUCUUAUCGUAUUUUAAUUUGGAUCAAUUUAUUACAACACUAAAGUGCUCUGAUCCUUUCGAACUAAAAGGUGAAGUUGUCUACAUAAACAAGAAAGAAAACACAGAACAAGAAAGUGACUGGAGAAGAAAUUCUAAAAUUCGUGACUUAAUCAAGGCUAGAGAUAACACACUUGGUUACAAGAUUGUGAAAGAUGACCCUGCCUCAGAUGAAAUACUGGACAAUAUAAAUCAAAAUGGUACUGGUUUAUUGCUCGAACUAUAUGCAUCGUUACUAAAUCUUUUCAUCGAUGAAAAUGGAGAUUGGGUAGUAAUUGUCAUGGAAGAAUGGCUAUUGAAACCCAAACUAGAACAAGCAGAUAAUACCGAGUUAGAUGAAAGAUUAGAGAAAUGUCUAAAUUAUCGGAACGUUAACUGGGCAGAAAGGCUAACUAAAAGACAGUAUAAUAAUGGGUUUUGGUUGAUCAUAUUAUUAGGUAUCUUUCAGGAUUCUCAACACAUACCAAAAUAUUCUAAAUAUAUUGCAGAGUUUUUCCAGAAAGUUAUACCUGAUAACGUCUCAUCUAAUCAGUUACCAAAACAACUAUGGAGAAAUUACUGCCGAAAUCUCUCUCUUUAUGAAAAGUUAACCUCCCUAUGGAUUUUAGUCGAUUUAAUUUCCAACUUUUCAUCCGACAUUAAGACAGCUAUGGAAGAUGCAAUGGAUUUAUCAUCACAAAUAAGGUCAGAAAGAUUCAAGAUAACGAAAGAUUUGAAAGCUGAAUUAACGACUCUGCAAGCCAUUGAUGAAACUAAUCGAACAGAUGAAUUCAAUGCACAAAAGGAGAAGAUUGAAAGGUUACAAAAGGAUAAACAGUUUCUCGAUAGAAAGGUUAUGGAAAAUAAUUUACAGAGAUUAAAGCCUCUUGGACUUGAUAGAUAUGCUAAUAAAUACUACUGGCUUGAUCAGAGUGGAGUACACGUUGAGGUGAAUGAAGAUGAUCAUACAGAAAGGCACUAUCACACAGGUCGUAUACUACUACAUGGUCCUACUCUUCAGGAUGCAUUAUAUUAUUUACAAAUAACUGAAGAUCAGUAUAGAAAUUGGAACACCAUAGCCGAAAAAGAAGGCGGUAAGAUGGCUACAAAAAAAGUUUUUAGCGUGUACAGGACAGAUUCUGGCGCAUUCAAUUCAGUUAGCACAGAAGGGGUCGAAAAUGAACUCGUCAAUUCACAAGGUAAAUGUGAUCCAUCAGUGGAGCUCACGCCUAUACAAAAAAAAAUUAUUGAUGAAGGUCCUGAAUGCUUGUUGUUGAAUGAUAAGUUAUGGUAUAGUAUUGAUAGAUUUGAUGAUUUUGACAAAAUUUUUAACUGGUUUGACAAUUGGGGAAGAAGGGAACAUGAUUUAAUAAGACAAAUUAGGCCAAUACUAGAUCAUCUCAAAGGUUCCUAUGCUAUCAGAGAAAAACAAUUACACUUUGCAUCUUUUGAUGAUGAAGAAGUGAAAUUAUUUAAGCAAUUACAAGAAAAUGAGCUAACUGAGCAGGAACUUCAUAUAGGCAAAGAAAUAGAAAAUGGUGUUGCUGGAACAACGGAUGGACCAGGGGAGAGUUCUGAGGUCAGGUUGGCAAAUAUAGAAGACAAAUUGGAGGAUAUUGCGGAGGAAAUUAUGAAGUUGGACGAUUUAUCUAGCACUAGAAAAGUAACUAAUGAACUGAAGGACUUAGAAGAAGAGCGUGAUAAGCUUCUAAAGGAAAAAGAAGAAUUGAUAAUUUCUGAGAGGCCUGGUGCCCGUAUUUUAGCUCGAAAUGAAAGAAAACGCAACAAGAUGGCUCGUGAGAACAAACUAUCAAAGCAAAGCGAAAUAUUGACAGACCUAUUAAACCACAGGCAUUUUAUGGCUAUGGAGGAUGUCAUGGCGUGGAAAAACUCAAUGGCUGUCAAAGUUUGGGGCGCAGAACUACGUAAAAAUGCAUUGGGAAGCAAAACUAAACCUGUAAUUGAUACAAUAGAGGAUAAGCUUAAAGAAAUAAUAGAUCAUACAUCUCGCACAUCCACGACGAUAAGUGCAGUUGAGGAAUAG